GAAUCUUUGAAUAUUCGAAAAAUCAAACAUAACGGUUUAAUUAUUUUUGUUUUUGCGAUACUUAAAUGUGCUGAAACUGUAUUAAUUUCCGUUUUAAUUAGUAAUUAACAUAGAAAAGGAAAUGAGUAACGCCACCAAAAUGCAACUAGAUGAACUAGAGAGACUAAUGAGUAGAAUGCCACGAGAGUUGUGUUGUACAACGUUAUUACCAGAAUUCGGUGUCCGCUGGCGUGACAUGGCUAAAGCAAUACGCAGUGCUCGUAUGUCGAUGACAUCAGCGAGUAUCGCGAGGAUAAUCUGCAGGAAGGUCGCGAAGAAUCUACCAGCGUUAACAGUCGAUGAGAUCCUUGCUAAGUUGAAGUUGCAGAUGGUAGCAAUUCAAAGUCGUAUCUGGCAUGUGAUCAACUUACAAGAGCCAUUAACGGAGCCCUGGGAGCCAGAUGAGUUGCCAGAGAGACUGGCUGAUGCGCUGACAACUGCACGCAUUGGCAAGAAUAAGAGCCCAGAGGUCCAAACAGUCCAAAUAGGUGACCUAGUGUUUGUGAGUGUACAACUGAAGUCUGAAGUAAGGUGCAGUGCUCCGCUGUACUUAGCUAUGCCUCUCGGCCUUCCCGUAGCUCUGGUCAGCUCUGUUAAGUCUAAUGGAGUGUUACAAGCCUGUGUUGUAGGUUUAGGAUAUAAAACGUUUUCUGACGCUAAUUUAAAUGGUAGACAUAUCCCAUCAUUGCUUCGUAUCCACGGCGGUUGGGAUGAAAACCUCGGGUAUAUGACUGAAAUACCGAAAUACUCGCCCGUACCAGUAAUCACUAAAACUGGUAUAGAUUACACCAAUAAGGCAUAUGACGAACAUUACGUGAACACAAUAUUAGGACCAGAUCCACCUUUAUUGACAGAUUUACAUAUAAAUACAGCUAAAAAGUUCUUUAAUAAAGUAGACGAUAGAAUUAUAACUAUAAAAGCUCAUUUAUCAAGUCAAGAUAUAGCGAAAACUUUGAAAACUUUAGUAAGUAAAGGAGCUUUAAGACCGACAUCUGAAUUAUUACAUGUUCUACAUACAGCUAAGUCAAAUAGGUUAGAAAAUUAUACUGAAAGUGAUUAAAAAUUAUAAUUGACGAGAAAAUUGCGUAAUGUUUUAAAUAUAUGUGUAAAUUUUUUUAAGUUAUUUUAACUAUAAAUGGUUCUUUUAUUUCAAAAUUCCUUUACCCCUUAAUCCUAUAUAUGGCAAUUAUUUUCGACAUUGUUGUAAGAAU